UAGUAGAUAAGAUAUUCCAUAUUUCGACACUCACAGUAAACGCCGUAAUUUAUUUAAGUGCAAUGUGAACUGAGCAGCGCUGUUACAGCAUGUAAAACAGCCCACUCAACUUGACCUUUUUCAAGGUACUUCCUAUAUGGGCGCACGUUUUCACUGGGAAGAGUGCAGCGGGAAAUAUGCAGUCAGAAGCGCAAGGGCUGAAAUGGAAAAGAAGUUGGCCAAAACGAAACUCAACUACGUGACGAACGGAAGGCGAACGGCAGCCGAGAAAAAUCAGUCAAAAUGCCACUCAAAUUAACUGAGAACAUUCUGUCACUGUCGUUUGUGCAGAUCGCAACGGAAAACUGAAGCUCUGCAACUGGAAAACGAAAGUGCAACUGGAGGACCAAGUGGAUGCAUUACCUCCGAAUAUAAAUUUAUGAACUGAACAAAAUGGGUUUCGUUUCGAGCUGGAGGCAACUUUGGCUGCUGUUGCUGUUGGUCGUGGGCCUGUCGUUGGGUCUGCCCAGCAUGGAAAACCAGACGCACGAACAGAUCGAACAGAUAAUAGCCUGCAGACAGCCCAAGGCACCUGGCUUGUGCCGAGGUCGGCAGCUGCGAUAUGCGUACAAUAAGCAGACCGGAAACUGCGAGAGCUUCAUCUACACGGGCUGUGCCUCCACUGAGAAUAAUUUCCUGACCUUCGAGGAGUGUCGCAGGGAUUGCAUGCAACGCCUGCGCUACUGAGGAAGUCCUCUUAGACGCUCUAGAUGCUUAAUAUAUAUUUGUUGUUACAGAAAUUGUCAAGUCGUGCGUAAAUUUUA